AUGAACAACAGCAAGGAAGGAGGGUCUAUCAACAGGCCACCCAUUUUGGAUGAAACCAACUAUGAUUACUGGAAGGCUUGUAUGGUUGCAUUUCUCAAAUCCAUUGAUAGCAAAACUUGGAAGGCAAUUGUCAAAGGUUGGAAACAUCCAGUGAAGGCUGACAAGGAGGGAACCUCAACAACUGAACUGAAACCUGAGGAGGAGUGGAACAAGGAAGAAGAUGGGGAAGCUCUAGGCAACUCCAAGGCACGAAAUGCUAUUUGUUAUGGAGUCGACAAGAAUAUGUUCCGGCUUAUCAACACCUGCAUUGUAGCAAAAGAUGCUUGGGAAAUUCUCAAGGUAGCACAUGAAGGUACAUCCAGAGUACGCAUGUCCAGACUUCAGUUGCUUACCACUCAGUUUGAGAAUCUGAGAAUGAAGGAAGAUGAGACUAUCUCUGACUUUCAUUUGCGAGUACGUGAUUUGGCAAAUGCAUCAUUUGCUCUUGGUGAACAAAUGUCUGAAGAGAAGCUUGCGAGGAAGAUCCUGAGAUCACUGCCUAAGAAAUAUGACAUGAAGGUUACUGCGAUUGAAGAAGCCCAAGAUAUUAGCAGUAUUAAGGUGGAUGAACUUAUUGGAUCUCUGCAGACUUUUGAAAUGUCUAUCAAUGAGAGAUCUGACAAGAAAAACAAGAGUAUAGCGUUUGUGUCAAAUACUGAAGAUGAUGACCAAAGUGAGAAAGAUGUUGAUGAGAAUAUUGCUGAAGCUAUAGCUUUACUUGGGAAGAAAUUUAACAAAGUCAUGAGGAAGUUUGAUAGGAGAUCAAAAUCCAACACUUCAGAUAAGCGUUUUGAUACUGCUAAAAAUUCUGUUAAUUCUCGCAGGGGCAAGGAAGAAGACAAGACUAGCAAAGGCAAGGGGAUCCAGUGUCAUGAGUGUGGCUUUGGGCACAUCAAGGCAGAAUGUUCAACCUAUCUGAAGAAGCAAAGCAAAGGAAUGGUAGCAACAUGGUCUGAUGAUGAUUCUGAAGAAGAAGAUGAAACUCAAGUACUAGGAUUUACAGUGAAAUGCAGUUCAGAAAAUGGAUCCAGUGAUGAUGAUAUCUCUGAGGAAAAGCUUGCUGAAACAUAUAGGUUGAUGUUCAACAAAUGGGAAGAGGCAUGCAGUCAUGGCAAGAAACUGGAAUUGACUGUAGUUGCUCUGGAAGCUGACAAGAAGAUACUGAAAGACAUGAACAAGAGUCUUCAAGAGGAGAUCUCUGUGCUGAAAUCAAGAGAUGAAGAAAUGAUCAAGUCUGUACAAAUGUUGAACAAGGGCAGUGAUGUGCUAGACCAAAUACUGGAGACUGGAAAAAUGGCUAAAGAUAUUAAAGGAAUUGGUUAUGGUCUGGAACCCACAUUAGAAGAAGGUAGCAAAUCUGAGCACAAACCAAGUAAUAGAUAUUAUGUGAACUAUCAGCAAGAUCAACGGAGACAAGAGUGGAAACCGAAAGGAGGUGUACAUGCUCUCAUUGUUCAUACUUCUCUCAGGAAUCUUCUUGACAAAGUCAAACCUCGUACUACCAGCUAUGUAACUUUUGGGGAUGGUGCUAAAGGGAAAAUCAAAGGAUCAGGAAAAUUGGUAAACUAUGGGUCACCUGGGCUAGAUGAUGUUCUGCUAGUGGAAGGGCUAACUGCAAAUCUGAUAAGUAUAAGUCAAUUAUGUGAUCAAGAUCUUGACGUGUCUUUCAACAAAACUGCUUGUAGGGUCACUGACAGCAAUGGUGAAGUGGUUAUUAGAGGAACUCGUUCAAAGGACAAAUCUUACAUGUGGAUAUCACAAGACAAAGCAAUGUCUUCAAAGUGCUUAUCAACAGUUAAGGAGGAGGUUAUGCUAUGGCAUCAAAAACUGGGUCAUCUAAAUCCCAAAGGCAUGAAGAUGAUCAUUUCAACUGAGGCCAUCAGAGGACUGCCCAAACUGAAGAUAAAAGAAGGCAGUAUAUGUGUUGAGUGUUAG